AUGCAUCGCCGUGCACGCCCUAGCUGCUCAUACAUCUAUCAACCAUUUCUAGCCAGUCGACCGAGCGGUGGCAAAGUGGCGAUGGGACCGGCGAGGCUGGAGAAGGUGGUGUUCGCGCUCAACGGGCAGCGGUAUGAGGUGGCCGGCGGCGACGUCCACCCCGGUACCACGCUGCUGGAGUUCAUCCGGACCCGGACGCCAUUCACCGGCACCAAGCUCGGCUGUGGCGAAGGCGGAUGUGGAGCUUGUGUAGUCCUUAUAGCAACUUACAAUCCAACAAAAGCUGAGGUCACUGAAUUCUCUGCAAGUUCAUGCCUGACUCUGCUCUACAACAUAAAUCUUUGCUCAGUCAUCACCACCGAAGGCCUGGGAAAUACGAAAGAUGGCUUCCAUUCUAUCCAGAAGAGGAUGUCUGGGUUCCAUGCUUCCCAGUGUGGCUUCUGCACUCCUGGCAUGUGCAUGUCUAUUUUCACCUCUCUUGCAAAUGCCGACAAAUCCAACAAGCCUGAACCACAAAAAGGGUUCUCAAAGCUGACGGUGUCCGAAGCGGAAAGGGCUUUCUCAGGCAACAUGUGUAGAUGUACCGGUUACAGGCCAAUUGUCGACGCCUGCAAAAGUUUUGCUUCAGAUGUCGACCUGGAGGAUUUGGGCCUCAAUGUAUUCUGGAAGAAAGGCGAUAAGCACGCCGAUGUUAGCAAGUUGCCAGCUUACACUCUUGGCGGCGGAGUCUGCACUUUCCCGGACUUCCUGAAAUCCGAGAUAAAAUCUUCGCUUCAUCAUCUAAAUGAUGAUUCGGUUGUUACGGUCUCCAGCGAGGGUUGGUAUCAUCCUAAAAGCAUCGAGCAAUAUUAUGAUUUACUGAACUCUGGCUUGUUCAGUGACUGCACAGUUAAAGUGGUUGUUGCGAACACAAGUUCUGGUGUAAAGGGAUACAAGGAUCAGGAUCUAUAUAACAAGUAUAUUGACAUCAGUGACAUUCCAGAGCUUUCAGCUAUUUGGAAGAAAGACAGUGGCAUUGAAAUUGGAGCAGCUACACCAAUUUCUAAGACCAUCGAGAUACUUGAGCAAGAAGCCGGGUCUAAAUCAUGUGCAAAUGGAAGUGUGGUUUUCAGAAAACUCACCGAGCACAUGAGCAAGGUAGCUACACCGUUUGUCCGUAACACAGCAAGCAUUGGCGGGAACAUAAUUCUAGCACAGAAAUACCCUUUUCCAUCGGACAUCGCGACCAUACUUCUCGGUGUUGCUUCAACUGUUCGUCUUCAGGUUUAUUCAAAAACACUAGAGGUUACUUUGGAAGAGUUUCUGGAGCUGCCUCCUAGUGAUCCCAGUACAUUGCUCCUGAGCAUAUUUAUUCCACAUUGGGCUUCAGAUUCUCAGAAAGAAAGUAAGGUGAUCUUUGAAACUUACCGAGCAGCGCCGCGCCCUCUUGGCAAUGCGGUUUCAUAUAUUAACUCUGCAAUGCUGGGCCAUGUCUCCCAGAAAUCAUGUGGUGAUCUUGUGCUGAGUAACCUACACAUGGCCUUUGGUGCCUAUGGGACCGAACAUGCCAUUAGAGCAACAAAAGUUGAACAACACCUGAAUGGAAAAGUGCUCACUCCAUCUGUUGUGCUUGAAGCAGUUCGGUUACUUAGAGAAACAAUUGUACCAAUGAAAGGAACAUCACAUCCUGAAUACAGAGUCAGUGUGGCCGUUGGAUUUCUCUUCAGUUUCCUGUCUCCAUUUGCUAAAGGAAUCAAAGGGCCUGGAAACACUCUGAGCAUUAGUUCUGCUAGUUCUUCAAAUACAGAUGAUCCCUGUAACCUUCCAUUGUCUUCACGUCGAGAAACAAUUUCCAGUGAUGAUCAUAAACCAGUUGGUGAGCCGAUUAAAAAGUACGCAGUUGAGCUUCAAACUUCUGGGGAGGCAGUAUAUGUAGAUGAUAUUCCUGCUCCAAAAAAUUGCCUCUAUGGAGAGUUUAUUUACAGCACACAGCCUCUUGCAUAUGUCAAGAAUAUCAAAUUCAAGCCAUCUUUAGCAUCAGAGAAGGUCCUCACGGUUGUUUCCGCGAAGGAUAUUCCAAGUGGAGGGCAAAAUAUUGGAUCAAGCUUCUUGUUUGGGGAUGAACCACUUUUUGGUUCUCCUGUCGCUGAGUAUGCUGGGCAAGCCCUUGGUGUCGUGAUUGCAGAGACUCAGAGAUAUGCCAACUUGGCAGGCAAACAGGUCGUUGUUGAAUAUGACACAAAAGAUUUGAAGCCACCAAUCUUAACUGUAGAACAGGCAGUACAGAACAAUAGUUAUUUCGAAGUUCCUCCUGAGAGGUAUCCAAAACAAGUUGGUGAUUUUUCGAAGGGCAUGGCGGAAGCUGAUCACAAGAUCCUCGCAACAGAAGUGAAACUUGCCUCUCAGUACUACUUCUAUAUGGAAACACAAACAGCAUUGGCGAUUCCAGAUGAAGAUAACACUCUUGUAGUCUACAGUUCAUCACAAUACCCUGAGCUUGCGCAGAGUGUCAUAGCGAGGUGCCUCGGUAUUCCAUUCAGCAAUGUGCGUGUCAUUACAAGAAGGGUUGGAGGAGGCUUUGGUGGGAAGACAUUCAGAUCAUACACUGUAGCAACGGCAGCUGCGCUUUGUGCCUUCAAGUUACGUCGUCCGGUGCGGAUGUAUCUCAACCGCAGUACUGACAUGAUCAUGAUCGGGGGUCGGCACCCAAUAAAAGCAUAUUACACUGUUGGUUUCAAGUCCAAUGGAAGAAUCACAGCCUUGCACCUGGACAUUCUGAUCAACGCUGGGAUUUCUCCAGAUGCGAGCCCCCUAAUUCCAGACUAUAUGAUGUCAGGCUUGAAAAAAUACAACUGGGGUGCUCUCUCGUUUGACAUCAAGGUCUGUAAGACAAACAACACAUCCAAGUCAACAAUGCGUGCUCCUGGAGAUACGCAGGGAUCUUUUAUCGCUGAAGCUAUCAUCGAGCAUGUCGCUUCGGUGUUGUCGCUUGAUGCUAAUAAUGUCAGGCAGAAGAAUUUCCACACCUAUGACAGUCUUGUGUUGUUCUAUCCAGAAAGCGCAGGCGAAGCAUCGACGUACACAUUGCAUUCUAUUUUCAAUAGAUUACUCGCGACGUCAAGCUACCUGCAUCGAGCUGAAUCCAUCAAGCAUUUUAACAACCGCAACAAGUGGCGGAAGAGGGGUAUCUCUUGUGUGCCCCUCAUCUUCAAGGUGGCACCAAGGCCAGCUCCUGGAAGAGUUUCUGUGCUCAACGAUGGUUCCAUUGUGGUUGAGGUUGGAGGUAUUGAAGUUGGGCAGGGACUGUGGACCAAAGUACAGCAGAUGACGGUUUUCGCGUUGGGACAGUUAUGGCCUGAUGGAUCUGAAUGCCUUCUUGAUAGGGUGCGUCUUCUUCAGGCUGACACGCUGAACUUGAUCCAAGGCGGACUCACUGCUGGCAGCACUUCGUCUGAAUCUAGCUGUGCAGCAACCCUUGAGGCCUGCAACAUGCUGGUUGACAGAUUAAAGCCGGUCAUGAAGAAGCUCAAGCAGCAAUCUGGUGGUGCUGUUUCAUGGGAUGCUUUGAUUGCUCAGGCCAUUAAGGAUAAUGUUAAUUUGUCCUCAAGUGCAUACUGGGUACCUGGCCAAGAAUCCAGCACCUAUCUGAACUAUGGAGCUGGUAUAAGUGAGGUAGAGAUUGAUGUUCUUACAGGAGCUAUUACUUUACUACGGAGCGACCUUGUGUAUGACUGUGGAAAGAGUUUGAACCCUGCAGUGGACUUGGGCCAGAUUGAAGGCUCCUUCAUACAAGGAAUUGGUUUCUUCAUAAACGAAGAACACGAAACAAAUGCCGAUGGCCUGGUUGUGAGUGACAGCACAUGGGUCUACAAGAUCCCGAGCGUAGACACUAUCCCGAAGCAGUUCAACGCCGAGGUGCUCAACAGUGGGUACCAUAAGAACCGCGUUCUUUCAUCGAAAGCCUCUGGGGAACCUGCCCUGGUUCUCGCAGCAUCGGUCCAUUGUGCGGUGAGAGAAGCCAUCAGGGCAGCGAGGAAGGAGUUUGGAAGCUCAGAGCUCACGUUCCAGCUCGACGUCCCUGCCCCAAUGACCCAUGUGAAGGAAAUGUGUGGUUUGGACGUUGUGGAUAAGUACCUAGAAAGCCUAUCUGAACAUCAGUCUCGAGCUGCGGCGUGA